AUGGUCAGCUUCGGACUGGGCGCAGAUCACGCUCAGCUCGGGCACUACCGGGACCUUCAUCACCGUGGCGUUGACCUGCACUCGGCAUGCUGCCAUGGAAAAAAGUGCCGUUCUACCUCCUCGUACAGCUAUUGGACUGUCGGCUUCGGCUCGCGCGUGUUCUCGCUCAACCACUUCUACUUCUGGAUCCCGCUCGUGGCCCCGAUUCUUGGUGGUGCUGUCGGCGGCAUCGCGUAUGAAGGGAUGAUCGACUACCACCACCUCACCCGCUCGCACGGCCAGUAUCCGGAAUUCCGCUACUAG